AUGCAGGGUCGUUUGUCUGCUUGGCUAGUCAAGCAUGGGCUAGUUCAUAGAUCUUUGGGCUUCGAUUACCAAGGAAUAGAGACUUUACAAAUAAAGCCCGAGGAUUGGCACUCCAUUGCUGUCAUUUUAUAUGUAUAUGGUUACAAUUAUCUACGUUCCCAGUGUGCCUAUGAUGUAGCACCAGGCGGACUGUUAGCGAGUGUGUAUCAUCUUACGAGAAUACAGUAUGGUGUGGAUCAACCGGAAGAGGUAUGCAUAAAAGUAUUUGCGCCAAGGAGGAAUCCUAGAAUUCCGUCUGUUUUCUGGAUUUGGAAAAGUGCAGAUUUUCAAGAACGGGAAUCUUAUGAUAUGUUGGGAAUCUCUUAUGAUAAUCAUCCACGCCUGAAACGUAUCUUGAUGCCUGAAAGUUGGAUAGGAUGGCCUUUACGUAAGGAUUAUAUUGCCCCCAAUUUCUAUGAAAUACAAGACGCUCAUUGA